AUGAGCGCUUUAGAGGAAGACGGCUCGAGCACCGCUGCUCAUCUCGCCCUGGAAGAGAAGUAUGCGGGCGGGAAGAAGCAAAGAGGCGGUGGUGGUGGCCGUGGGGGCAGAGGAGGCGGCGGCGGCCAGAGCAGAGAAGUGCUGGUUUCAAAGGCGCUGUCGAAGCUGUUAAGACAUCAGGCUGAAAAUGCGGGCAUCAAGCUCGAUGCGGAGGGUUUUGCGGCUCUCGAUGAGGUGCUGAACUGGGGCCCUAUCCGGUCUCUGAAAGUCACAUUGGCCGAGAUCAAAGAAGUCGUUGCAUCCAACGAAAAACAGCGCUUCACAAUGAAGCUAAAAACCACACUCGCCGCGGAACCUUCAGAAGAGGCAUCUACGCCUGCUCACUACGUCAUCCGCGCCAACCAGGGACACUCCGUGAAGAUCGAGUCAGCCGCCCUCCUCGAGCCUAUCACCCUCGAGGCGGGCAACGUGCCGCCUAGGGUCCUUCACGGGACAUACUUUUACUUCUGGCCGGCCAUUGAAGAGUCCGGCGGGCUGAAGGUCAUGGGGCGCAAUCACAUCCACUGUUCGACGGGGACGCCGGAGGAAGGUGUCAUGAGCGGCAUGCGGAAGGAUGCAGAGCUGGUGAUUGAGAUUGACGUGGAGAAGAGUCUGCAGGACGGCAUUCAGUGGUGGAGGAGUGAUAAUGGGGUUUUGCUGACGGAGGGUGGGCAGGAUGGGGUGUUGAGCACUACCUACUUCAAAAAGGUUACUGGGCGAAAUAUUGACGUUGGAGUUCUUUGGGAAGAGGGCGAGAGACUCUCAAGUCUUCCUGAAGGAAUCAAGGGGAAAAUUCCUCCUGGGAAGGGACCUAGAGGAGGGGGUGGGAGGGGAAGAGGAGGUAGGGGAAAAGGGCGAUAG